UGCGGCGGAGACUUUCAGCCCUAUCCAACCACUUCAACCCAAAUCUGAUGUCGUGCAGCAACUUCUGACAAAGCAUAUUUGAGGUGAGGAAACUUAUCAAGUGAGUUCUGUGGGGCGGACCAAGGUUGGAGCGGGCGCUAGUAAGGUCCGUAUGCAUCAAUGAUGCUGCGCGUCCUCGCGUCGUACAGAAGUCUGGAAGUAUAUAAGUUUGCGAGGUUCUCUAUCGAAAUUGUAUAUUGAAUUUCAAAUUCAAAUUUCCAACCCCUUUGGCGUCCUUGAAUUCAAUCCCUCAAACAACUCCAUACUUCAUAGAAAAUCCAACAUCCCAACCAUGUCAACCUUCAAAAACAUCGCUCUUCUCGGUUCAACCGGCAACCUAGGCUCACGAAUCCUCACCGCACUCAACAAAGCCGGCUUCACCGUGACAGCCAUUCAACGCAAAGACUCCACUAACACUCCCAACGGCCCAGCCCACUCCUUGAAAGUCGACCUGAGCUCCGAAUCCGAGCUCACACGCGCAUUCGCGAAUCAAGAUGUCGUCGUCUCCGCGCUGCCCAUGCCCCGGCUAGCCACCGACAAGAUUUGGAUGAACGCCGCCAUCGCCGCUGGCGUGAAACGCAUCGUGCCUUCGGAGUUCAGUACUAAUAUGGAUAACAAGCUUUCUCAGAAAUUGCCGAUUAUUAAGGAUAAGUUGGAGAUUAGGGCUUAUGUGGAGUGGAAUAGUGUUAAUAAUGGGCCGUUUAUGUUACCGCAGAUGUGGUUGUCUGGGUGGAUGGGACCGAAUCCCAAGACGAAGACUGCUACGUUCCAUGAUGGUGGGAAUGCGAUCGUUGGUACUUCUACCUUGGAACGGAUUGGAGAGGGAGUAGCUGCUUCUUUGCUACCAGAGAAUGCGGAGAAGACGAAGAAUAAGGCUGUUUAUGUGUACUCGGCAGCGGUGAGCGAGCGUAAGAUUGCGGAUGUCAUCUCGAAGUUGUUGGGUGGGGUCACGUUUGAGGAGACGGAUUUGAGCGUUGAGCAGAUUACGAAGGAUGCUUUUGCUGCGUAUGAGAAGGAUCAAAGUACGCACGAUAUGAGGUUUUAUAUCCCGUUCUGCUUUGGGAAGGGGUAUGGUGGGGACUAUAGGGAUAUUGCUAUGAAUAAGGAGUUGGGGUUGAAGGAAAUGAGCGAUGGAGAGCUGGAGGAGAUGUUCGCGGGGACUUUGAGGAAGCAGGGGCUUAUUCAGUAAAGGAGCAAAUGUACUUCCUUCGUGUCUGUAUGUCUAGUUUCCUUUUUAUGGCUAUGAACUUGCGUACAUUCCUCUCCAAGCUGCUUCGUGGUAACAUGUCGACUGCCACCUUACACUACAUUCUCCAAUGUCACAAUCCAGAUUUGACUAGUGUGAAUGCUAUUCGCAACUGGAUGCAUCCAGCUAUGACUUCUUUGUGUUGCUAUUAGGACUACG